CAUGUUGAGUGUGGUAUUGUUAUGUGUGUGAGUGUGGAUGUGAGGGGAAGGUAGCCAGGCACGGGGGGCAGCUGAUCUGGGGACCGGCUCUGGAGCCCCGGGGCCAGCCACAGGCUCGCUACAUGCCGUGUGUGAGAGAGGGGAGCCCGCAGGAGCCCAGGCACCCCGGGAGCCCGGGCUCAGAGGCCAGGCGGCCGCAGGGCUUGUGCGGGGAGAUGAGGGAGCAGGAGCGGGCACAGCUGAGGCAUUGCUCGGCCCAGUGGGAGAUGUCGGGAAAGGGCCUGGGGGCUGCGCGGCGCAGGAGGACCCGCUGCCGGAGGUGUGAGGCCUGUGUGCGCAGUGAGUGCGGAGAGUGCAACUUCUGCAAGGACAUGAAGAAGUUCGGGGGCCCGGGGCGCAUGAAGCAGUCCUGUCUGAAGAGGCAGUGUACGGCGCCAGUUCUUCCACAUACAGCGGUCUGCCUCCUCUGUGGAGAUGCAGGGAAGGAAGACACCGCUCAGAAUGAGGACCAGAAGUUUAACCUGUCUCUCAUGGAAUGUACCAUUUGCAAUGAGAUUGUGCACCCCGGCUGCAUCAAGAUGGGCAAGGCUGACGCUGUAAUUAACAUUGAGAUUUCCAAUUGCUGGGAGUGCCCGAGGUGUAAACGAGAAGGUCGGACCUGUAAGGAUUCCCUUGACGGCUCAGGAAAACGGCGCUUGGACAAUGGAGACGAUGCUUUGCGGUGGAAACUGACAGAUGAUCCAGCACCGGGGAGGAAGAAAACAUCAGAUGAUAAUCCGGGUCAUAAAAGGAAGAAGGAUAAGGAGCCAGUACAGGAAUCAGGAGUAAAGAAAAAGAUAAAAGCUGAGAAAGACAAGAAAAUAAAGAUGGAGCCGCAGGAGCUCUCAGACCCUGUCCCCACAUCCGACCGUUCGCACCAGCGAGAGAAGAUUGAGCGCUUCAAGCAGAUGUGCCAGAUGUUGGAGCGGGCGCGCAGCAGCUCUUCCAGUUCCAGCUCGGACUCGGACUCUGAUUCAGACUCUAAGGACUCGCAGGGCAGCAGUGACACUGGCGAUGGGGGGGAGGGCCGGGAAUCACGGAUCAGCUUCAGCACCAGCUCGGAGGAAGAGGAUGAGGACGGAGGGGGCUCGGGAGCAGACGGACAAAAUGGCACUAGGAAUGGCAAACAGAAACCACCCAGGGGGAAUGGCAGGGAGAAGGAGAACAGGAGAGGUGGAGGGGCAGGCGCCAGGAAAGGAGCGAGUGGCAGGAACACAGCCCAGGCCUUAUCCAGGAGUCGGAUAUUAAAAAGGCCACUGGUGCCCUCCCCACCCAAGCCACCUCCCCUGCAGAUGGAGAGACACGUGGUACGACCCCCUCCCCACAGCCCUGAACCAGACUCCUUGCCCUUGGACAGUGGAAUGGACCAUAUAAUGCAGAGGGGAGUGUGGCUGGCUGUUUUCAGACAUUUAGGACAAAAAGAGCUGUGCGUCUGUAUGCGGGUGUGCCGGACCUGGAACCGGUGGUGCUGUGAUCGCCAGCUGUGGACAUCCAUCAACUUGAGCCGAAGGAAAUCAAUCACCCCUCCUAUGCUGAGUGGAAUAGUCCGACGGCAGCCAGUCAGACUCGACCUAAGCUGGACCAACAUAUCAGAAAAGCAGCUGACCUGGCUGAUCCACCGGUUGCAGGGACUCAAGGAGCUUCUAGUGGCCGGCUGCACGUGGAGCGCAGUCUCCUCUCUCUGCACCACCUCCUUCCCCUGCAUGUCUCUGCUGGACCUCGGCUGGGUAGAGGGGAUGAAAACCUCACACCUCCGAGAGCUGCUUUCACCCCCGUCCUCAGACUGCAAGACAGUUGCAUCGGAACCCAGGGGACGGCUGCCCUCCCUGUCGGAACUCCGCCUUUGCGGUUUGGAACUGGGGGACGCUGCCCUACGCCUGCUGCUUCGCAACACUCCUCGUCUCCGUCGGCUGGACCUCAGUCACUGCGUCCAGCUGAGUGACCACGGGAUCCACAUACUGACCGCAGCCACCUCGCCGCUGAGGGACAGCCUCACUCACCUCAACCUCACAGGGUGCCACCGCCUGACGGACCAAACGCUGACAUUCUUCAAGCGCUGUCCCCACCUGCAACACGUCGACCUUCGCUCCUGCCGCCUCCUCACCAGUGAGGGUUUCCAGCGGCUGCUCCAAGACCCGCCUUCUGAUCCGGACGGAAAACCCUUCCAGUGCGUGGAGGAGCAGGUGCUGAGCCGGGAAAGCUAGCGGCUGUGGACUUGGGGGUGGGGACUCCCAGCAAAGCACUACUGCCUCAGGCGUGGACUAUUCUACUGUAUCUACCUCCUCCACCUGCCCAGGUAUUGAACCUGGCUGUUGGAAGGGAGGUUGCACUGAACUCCCCAAGUUUUAACUGUUCUAAUGCCAGUACAUGGUUGCAUAGAGCUACAGCCAUUUCUGGUAUGGAAGUGGUUUAAUUUCGGGGGGCAAAAAGGAACUUCCUACUGGCUCAGCCUGAGAAUUGGGGUGUGGACACCCCUCAUGUGUUCAUUAAAGGGUAUAGACAGGUGUUAUACGGUAAAAACCUCUCUGCAGCCUAUCGCGGGCUUUUGUUAACCCACCGAGCCGCCCUGUUCUCCGCUACGCCCUCCCGGUGUGCCGCAGUGCAUGCAGGGAAGGUCGCAGCUCACUCCAUGGAGGUGGUCAGCUGGGUAGGCUCCUGUUAUUCGUGUUUUGGGUGGGUGACGCUCUGCAGGGCGAGAGCUGGGGGGGAAGGGGUGAGACUUCAUACCCUAUGGGAGAUAACGCGGACUGUCUGGCUGCUGGGUUUUAGGGGGCGCGGUUAAUUAUCUCACUAUUCCCGGUCCCGCUACAGGGCUGAUAAUGCUUGGAAGAGCGAUGCUUCUCUGGCCUUUUUCUCAGGGUAAAAGGGUGGUUGUUCCUGAAAUAGCUCAUGUUGCUGGCAACAGCGACACUGAGUAUCUUCUAAUCUCACUGGUGUCAUUACGAGGAGAAAUGGUGGUUUACGAUAGAAAUCGGCAUGUUAUUCGUAGCGGAGGGAUCGUUGUUGUAUUGAAAGCCUCCGGCUGCGUUACUGGGGGAAGCUUUGACGAGCAACGCUGUGCAGCUAUGUAUGAGGGGGGUACGGGGGCGGGGAGAAUCCGGCAGACGGAAGUCUGCGAGUCGCACGCUACAGGCACAUAUCACGUCCCCGCACCCCCCCUCAUCUUUACUCGCCGCUGGUGAUUGCGGUUUCUACAAUUCUGCUCUGGUCAUUUCUUUUUGUUCGUUUUUUUUAUUUUAUAUAAAGUGGUUUUUGUAUAUCUCCUGUGUGCUGA